UUACAGUAGGUGUGUUUCGGUGAUUGACGUUAUAGAGGGGUGUUGCAACUGCUCCAUUGGAGUUUCACUCAAUAGCCUAGCUGUCAAGCAGCCAGACUUUACAAGACUGCCGUCAGCAUAGGCUAUAGGCUACUUUCAUCACGUUAGUACGUUCACUGAUAUUUUAAUCAAGCAAAUUAGUUUUUCGAUUUCUUAUACAGUUACACUGCUUUAGACUCACUGAAACAUUUAGAGAGACUGGAUUCAUUCACACGAAUUUUGGAGGUGUUCUGGCAGGAGGACUGCUUGUUUCAGUGGGGAAGCGCGCAGUCUAUGGAUGGAGGCAUCCCCGCAAAGCCCACCGGCGAGGUAGAGGAUGUGGCGCGCGAUGCGCGCUUCUCCAACUGGAGGGGGGUCAGCCACUGUAUCAGGGCUGCUGGACAAGGCUGGUCUCGGAAGAUGGACGUGUGUCUCCUGCUGAGCUGUCUGUUGCUUCUGUUCUCAUGCCCAGGCCAGGCAGCUAAUGCAACGACCACUACGGCCAGAUCAACAUCACAUUCGGUCCCCAAUACGUCUCCACCUGGACCCCCACCACCCCCCCCGCCAACCUCCCCACCCCCACCAACCUCCCCCCUCCCCAGCACGUCCCCACCCGGUAGCACGCCCCCCUCAUCCACUGCAGCAAGAACCACCACCCACGCCAGGCACACAAGUCCAGAUGCAACGCCCACCAUGAUGAUUUCUGAUGACACGACCCCGAACAGCACAACCGUCACAACCUUUUCUGAUGACUCGACCCCGAACAGCACAACUGUCACGACCUUUUCUGAUGACACAACAUUGAACAGCACAACUCUCACAACCUUUUCUGAUGACACGACCCCGAACAGCACAACUGUCACAACCUUUUCUGAUGACACGACCCCGAACAGCACAACUGUCACAACCUUUUCUGAUGACACAACAUUGAACAGCACAACUGUCACAACCUUUUCUGGUGACACAACAUUGAACAGCACAAUGACUGGAAAUGCAACUUGGAGUACAGCAGUCCAUCCUGACAGCACAUCAAACAGAGAUUACUACUACUACUGGAUGGCUCUUCAUGUUGAUGUCAUUCGUGAUGAGAGGAAUGAAUCUCAUGUUACUGAAUGGCUGAGGAAAGCUCUUCUUACCCACCUGGAUGCCUGUGACACACCUGGUGGUCUCCAUGGGAACAGUACCACCCAAGCUCCCUCUGUCACACCCAGCCAACCCACCGCAGUCCCAAACGUCUCCACGGCGACCACCAUGUCCACUACCACAGUUGCAGCAACAGAACAGCCAGUCAUCUCCAACAACUCCAUAGUGACCCAACCUCCUAACGUUACCAUGGCAACCACACCCAGCAGCAGUGACCCUCUGAUCUCACACAAAACAAAAAUCUGGCCAAUGUACUACACCACCACCAGCCCGGAGAACGGAACAGACAGCAGUGUCUUUCAGGACAUCGAUGUGUGCUGUGAGGAGAAAGAGAAGAUUGGGCAGACAAUAUGCGUUGCCGUGGUGAAGCUCUCAGCACGCAGAAGGCCUUGUUGUUUCCGCUACGCCCUGUGGAACACCAGCCUGUCCGACAGCGGACCCAUUUACGCCAGCAUCCAAAACAACAGCGUCACACUCAUCAGAGGCAUGUGGCCUGAUAAGAGCUCAUCGCCCCCUAGUGGUAACAUGUCAAACUGCAACAGCUCUGAAUCUUCCUCAACCAGCUGCAGCUCCACCUCCACCUCCAGCUCCUCCUCAGUCAACUGCACCAGACCUGUGGGUACUCGGCCGGAGCACAGUGCGGAUAAUUGCUCCAAUGAGUUUGUGGCCCUUCCUGGACGUUGCAACUGUUCUCAGGGUUGUGACAGUGUGGCAUACUACUCAAUGGUGGUGACAAUCAACAACUCCUCCAUCACACAGCAAAACAUUGCAGCAAUGGUCAACAAACUCAAUCAGUCCCCAACCCAGAAAUGCAGUUCAUCUAAUUCCACCUGUCAGGCUGUGGAAACCAUUUCAGGGGUCUAUCAGGAAAGCGGUGUUGUGUGUGACGGCAAAGAAAAUGGUGGAUGUGUUGUGAUCCUGAAGCUCUCGCAGAAAACAGACAGAUGCACUGUGGCCACAGCUCUCUCCUUCCUGCUCAAUCAAUCAGGCAUCACCAUGGCAACAAGGGCCUGGCGUGUUGCUCUGUGUGGCCCUGCUGCGUCUCUGUCAGGUGAUCUGCGCUCGGAGGACUUCACUAGGCAGAGCAUCAACUUCACCGCUCAGCAGUUCUGUGCUAGUGGCCCCGCGUCUCUGAGCAUCCUCGACUGCCAACCAGGGAAGACCCUGAUAGUGCAGCUGAACGAAGGCUGCCCCUCUGUAUCCCCCCCCACUGCCUCCUCCACCUCCACCCCCACCUCUCCCAGCACCUCUCCAAAUGUCUCCAUGACGACCCCUCUCUCCAAUAACACCACCCGCCCCACACACAGCACCACGUCUGCAGGAGGAGGCCCAGCCAACAGUACUGCCCAGAGCUCAGCUGCUCCAUUGACCAACAGCAGCAGCACGGCCGCCACACACACGUCACCGGGAGCCCAGAACAGUACCGCCACAACUCCAUCGCCCGCCAGUACCGCCACCAACUCAUCAUCUGGCAGCACCGUCACAACGUCCACACCUGAAAGUCAGGCAACAGCCACAGCUGCAGGGAACAGCAGUGCUGAGAUGGUGGCUGACCAGCUCCUGGCUCUGACGCAGGACGCCUCCUCCCUCAACUCCUCCCAGGUGGAGCAGCUUGUGUCCCAGCUGGAGGUCCUGCUGUCGGGGCCCAACGUGAGCCUGGCCCUGGGGCGCACCUCUGUCAACAUCGCCAACAACCUGCUCAACGCCUCCGCAGCCGCUGUCGCCUCCUCCUCCACCAGGCUGAUCCGGAUCGUGGACACAGUGGGCCUGAAGCUGGAGGUGUCGGGGGAGAGCGAGUCCAUCCUGUUCGACUCUCUGGCCCUGGCUGUGAGCCGGGUGGACGGGACCCACUUCAGAGAGACCACCAUCUCCAUCGCUGACCCCACCAACCUGCAGGUACACACACCCACCAUCUCCAUCGCUGACCCAACCAACCUGCAGAUCGUCCCCAGGGUGGUGCGGUCGGUGUCGUGGGUGGAGGGGCGCACUGACCCCCCCCAGGGCUCCAUCACGCUGCCCUCCACCCUCACAGAUGUCCUCAGCCCCCAGCAGCAGCAGGAGGCGUCCAGGGUGCUGUUCAACUUCUACCAGCGCAGCACCUUCUUCCAGGACGCAGGUCUGAAGUCGGGGGAACUCAACAGUGGCAUCCUGAGCACCAGUGUGGCUAACCUGUCAAUCAGCGGUCUCCAAGACAACAUCACCAUCACUCUGAAAAACAACAAACCCAUUCCGGAGAACAGCUCUGUUUCUUGUGCCUUCUGGGACUUCACUCUGAAUGAUGGCUCUGGGGGCUGGAACGAUGUUGGAUGUAGUGUUGUAAAUGUCACCGAUGAGCAGACAAUCUGCAGCUGCAGCCACCUCACCAGUUUUGGCAUCCUCCUGGAUCUGUCGCGUGGAGAUGAAAUCACGAGUCGGCUGCAGGCCACCAUUCUGACCUACAUCACCUACAUCGGCUGCGGCAUCUCAGCCAUCUUCCUCUCCAUCACACUGCUCACCUAUCUGGCCUUUGGUAAACUGCGUAAGGACAUCCCCUCUAAGAUCCUGAUCCAGCUGUGCUUUGCGCUGCUGCUGCUGAACCUGGUGUUCCUGCUGGACGCGUGGCUGGCCCUCUACCCGGACGCCGUGGGCCUCUGCAUCAGCACCGCCUUCUUCCUGCACUACUUCCUGCUGGCCGCCUUCACCUGGAUGGGCCUGGAGGCCGUGCACAUGUACAUCGCUCUGGUCAAGGUCUUCAACAGCUACAUCUCCCGCUUCAUGCUCAAGUUCAGCCUCGUCGGCUGGGGCAUCCCACUCCUAGUGGUCAUCAUCGUCAUCGCCAUCGAUAAGGACAACUACGGCCUCGUCUCUUAUGGGAAGUACGAAGAUGGCACCACUGAUAAUUUCUGCUGGUUGCGUAACGGCAUAGCGUUCUACGUGGCGGUGGUGGCGUACUUCUGCGUGAUCUUCGUGAUGAACCUGGCGAUGUUCGUGGUGGUGCUGGUGCAGCUGCGGAGGAUCAAGCAGAACAACCCGCAGAACGUGCAGCACCGGAGCCACCUGCAGGACGCGCGCAGCAUCGCCGGACUCACCGUCCUGCUCGGGCUCACCUGGGGGUUCGCCUUCUUCGCCUGGGGGCCCGUCAACCUGGCCUUCAUGUACCUGUUUGCCAUCUUCAACACACUGCAGGGAUUCUUCAUCUUUGUGUUCCACUGUGCGGUGAAGGAGAACGUGAGGAGACAGUGGAGAACGUACCUGUGUUGUGGCAAAAUGAGACUGGCUGAGAACUCAGACUGGAGUCGGACUGCCACUCAGAACAAGAACAAGAAGUCUUACAUUUCCGGAUCGCAGAACUCUAGCUCCUCCACCACCUGCCUGGCGCCCGAGUCCUCCGUCCGCACACGGAGCACACGUGGAAGUCCGUCUGACGACCGAAUUAUAUCAGACACAGAGACCAACUCGGAUGUCGUCCAGAACCAGAUCAACAGCCAGUAUCACAACCCUUCUCGUGCUCAGGCUGAUUGGAUCAGACCCCGCUCAGACUCCAGAGGGUCGUAGGUCAUAGGUCAUAGGUCAAAGGUAACUCUCGGUACGCCACGGCCUGACCAGAACUCUAUGUGUUCCAUUAUGAGGGCGCUCCCUCUGACCAGCUCCAUUAUGAGGGCGCUCCCUCUGACCAGCUCCAUUAUGAGGGCGCUCCCUCUGACCAG